AUGUUUGAAAUCAAGCUCAAUGAUAAGUUGAUGGAAAUUCUAGAGCCAUUGAAGGACCAAAAUCCCGAAAUUCAGAAGUUUUUGCAAACCAAAAGUAUUCCAAUGAAGGCUUUGUUGGCAUUAAGGAAAGAAAAGUUAGGACACAUGCAGGUCAGCCAAGCCCUACGUCCCUUAAAGUUCAGCUUCAAGUCACGACCCGUUCGUGGUUCUGAAUAUAGUGAAACGUUCAAAAAUCAUUUAGAUCGUCUACGACAUGAAUUAGACGAGAAAGAAUAUCAGGAGAUGGUCAGGCGCGAUGGACUCACAGCAUCCCACGACGAGGAAAAUCUCACACCGGCCCAAAUGAAUAAACAGGUUAAGGAACAGAUUACCACCGUUUUCAACAUUUUGCUUUCGGUGGUCUCGGUUGUUUUUGCAGCAUGGUACUGGUCAGGCUCCUCUUCGGGAAUGCAACCACAGAAUAGAAUAUUCUUGUGUCUGUUCAGUGGGAUUCUGGUUUUGGUGGCCGAAGUGGUAGUUUAUAAUAGCUAUCUGCAAAAGAUCGACGAUGCCAGGACGAAAGAGAGAAGCAAGCGGGAGGUCAAGAAAAUCGUAGGACAAAUUUAG